UGGUGAGGUCAUGUUAUUUAAGCGGGACCGACGGGAUAUGUGUUGCCUCCGAGACUUAGGCAUGUGUUUUGAGAUUUUUCGAUCGGGUAGUUUCUAGGACGUUUCUGUAUCUACAUGUUUUGUUGGCAACCGAAAUCUUUUAACUGCCGUCAAACCUUGGCCAAACCGGCAAGACAGCCGAUAAUGCUUUGACGCAUUCUUCUUCUAUAAAUAUAAGACCAACCUAUUUACUACUUGACAUUUUCCAUAUGAUUUUAGUUAUAACUACUUCUCUCUACCUUCCGUCACAUCUCCGUCUCAUUCCUCUGUCAUCUUCCUACUUGCACCACUGUUCACUUAUUCGGUGUCUCACCAUUUCAUUAAUCUGAAUCUUUUGUACGUCGACAUAACAUUUGUACAACUUCUUUUUCAAAAAAAAAAACAUUUAUACAACCAAGUGAAUGUUUUGUUUGCACAAAGCACAAGCAUUGUGUAUUUGUGUUCAUAACUUGAUUUGGAUUCACUCUGAUCACUCUAUGUAAAACGUUUCAGGUUUUGGUAUGGAGUAUAGUGGAGGAUGAAGCAGGUGGUCUGAAAAUAAGGUGCAUGUAGAAGGUGAGGGAUUUUGGGUUCGGUGUUGAACUCAUAAACAGGAUCCAGAAGGUUGCUGAAGCCUCUGGUCAUUAGCCUUCUCUCCAUUUGGAAAGUCGUACUCAAGUUCGAGCUGAACUAUCCACCUCUUCCACUGGUAUGUCAACACAAAAACGAAAAAAAAAACAAAAGUGUAAGCUUUCAAGUUUCAAUACAUUUUGCAAGUAGCAGGUGCGUAAACUAUCCACCUUUUUACGCUAUCAAGCUUUUAAAACAAAAGUGUACACUUUCAACACAUUUUUUUUUGACAAAACUUUCAACACAUUUAAAAAUGUUUUUUUGAAGCGUUUUGUAAGCAAGCUUCCAAUUCAAGUUUUAAAGAUGGAAACAUACAUCUGAGAAAGCUUAUAUGCUACUUUGAUUCAUAUAGUGAUAUAUAAAAUCUAUAUUUCUUUAGCUUUUAGAUAUUGAUUUGAGUUUGGAAUUAGAUGAAAAUUAAGUAAAAAAAUAUUAAUUUAGAAAAUCUUAAUUGAUAAUAAUGCUUUAUAUUUUUUUGUCAAAAGGUUUACUACAAAUUUUUAAUGAUUUUAAGUCUAAAGACUAAGUGUAUUUUUUAAAAUCUUAAUUUAUUUAAAUUGCUGUCUACUUUAAUAUAUGCCACAAUAAAUAUCUAGUUUAAAUAUUUGAAUAAUGAUUAAAUAAUUUUAUUACAAUGCAAGAACGAAUCCUAAUCUUAUUUCCAUAAGAAAAUAAAAUUUUGGCUUGAGUCGAAUAAAUUUACAAAAAGAAAUUUGCUUUUCAACUUUCAUUUAGUUCUCUUUAUCAUAUGGCCAAAUUAAAUAAUCAGGCCAAUCAGACCAAAUUAUACAUACAAGAUAAAGAGAAUGGAUAAAAGGAUUCCUAUAAGAUGAGGAAAGAAAAUAUAUAUUAUAGUACAAAAGUGGUAUAUAAUAAAAAUUAUAUUUUGAUAUAUUAAUUUAGUUAUGAUUAGUAAGGACUGUAGCUUUAUAUUUUUUGAUGUAGAAUUUAAUAUGUAGAUUUAUUUAUUGUAGUUUUCAUUGCUGUAGUUUUUUAAAACACUAAUUUUUUGCUCUCGAAAUAAAGUUCUCUAUAGUCUACAGCCAUUUUUAAUUUUCUAGAGAUUUUUUUGAAGUAGUUUUUUUAAAGAAAAAAAAACUUGAUUGGUUGACAUAUAUGACUCUGAACUAAAUUUUGACUUUCUAAAGCAUUUACGGCCACAGCCAAUCACCAUAUUCAAUGACUAUUGAGAAAUGCAACUCACUUGAAGCAUGAUUUUAUUCUCAAUAUCUUUUGGAGAUCACAUAACUCUUAUAGAUAUUAUGGAAAAGUUAAAAAGAGUUUAUGAUAAAUAUCUAACUUACAUGUUAAAAUAAUUAUUAAAUAUUUUUUUUUCAUAAAAUUCCCGCGCAAGCAUGAAGCAUAAUGUUAUUUUCUAUAAGAAAAUAACUAUACUGACAUGAGACAAAUCAAUUUUUCAAAAAUGUUUUAUUUUUCCUUCUUCCAUCUAGUUUUUUCUCAUAUGAUCAAUCAAAACAAAUUACAUACAUUAAUCAAACUAAAUUACAUGCAUGAUAAAAUGACAAACCGAAGGGAUAAUCAGGUUCCUAUAACAUUAAUAAAGAAAAUAUAUAUAUAAAAGAAAAAUAUAUACUAGUGACCAAAUACAAUACAUAUAUAUAUUAGGAAAUAAAAUAAUAUUAUUGACCAAUACCAAAGUAGAAUAAAAUAUUUAUCAUAAAACUCAAUAUUUGACAGUUAUGUUUCCAACAAUUGAUUAGAAGCCCUACACCAUUUUUCUUAUAAAUUGAAUCAUAUUGCAUUACUUAAUUUCAUCAAGAAUCAACUUACAAACAAAUCAUAUCUUGGACAUCUAAGUCUUCUCUUAAUCAUAUCUGGAAACCCCAAGUAUAUUCAUCAUGUCGGUUAAGAAUAUGUUCUUUAUUCUAGUGAGUAUAUGCAUUGCCUCUUCCGUUAAUGCUCAGUUACCGCAGUUUCCUUUUCCGCUUCCAUUUCAACCAAGUCCUGGUAUACCAGGAUUUCCAUUUCCAUUUCCAUUUCCAUUUCAACCAAGUCCCGGUGGUAUGCCAGGAAUUCCUGAUAUGAGAAAAUGUUGGUCAACAUUUAUGGAUAUGCCUGGAUGCUUUGCAGAGAUCAGACAAUCUAUUAUCACUGGAAAAUUUGGUAGUAUAGGUCCAGCUUGUUGUAAAGCUUUCUUAGAUGCUGAAGCCAACUGCACACGCAAUCUUCCAUUCAACCCGUUUUUCCCUCCUAUGGUAAAGGAACAAUGCUCCCGAGCUGCUGAUCCUCCAACAACAUUGUAG